AUGAGCAACGGCGAGCUGGUGCAGGCCCACGACGUCGCCGGCAACGACCUCGUCGACGACUUGGCGAAGCAGACCGCUCGCCGCGGCGCGAUACCCCGGGCCCAGGUGCAGCUGGUCCGCGCGGUUGCUGCACGCCUCCGCGAUGCCGCCGUCUGGAUAGGCCGGACCACCGUGUAUGCGAACCGCUGCACCCUCGACGUGCUGGCGCCCGUGGACACGGGCUCCAAGCGCCAGUGCGCGCGCGACUCCGAGGCGGAGGGGCCGAGACGUGCCCGCGGCUGCAAGGGCAAGGCCGCGCCCGCCGACGGCGCUCGCGAGCCUGGCGGCCAGGCGGCGCAAAGGGACGUCCGGCUCGCCCCGCCGAGCGGCGCCGGGAGGCCAGCAGGCGGCCAGCCGGGGCGGCCGGCUGCCGCCGCCACCUGCUGCGGCGGUCUGGCACCAAGAGAGGACCAAGAAGGCCAGGGUGGCGGAACGCCUGGAGGCUGCCCGCGACGAGGCACUCCUGGCGGGCUGGCUGUUUAG